AUGUCCGAGUACGUUACAAAGGCUAGGCAACUAAUUAAGCAGCACAAAUAUUUCCAGCUAUCUGCAUCCUGGUGUCCUGAUUGCGCUUAUGCAAAUAGUAUUUGGGAUCGCUAUAAGGUUAAAGAUAAAAUUUAUGAGUUUGACAUUGCUAAAGAAUCUAUAGACAAGGAGGAGGAGACCAAAUGGCGUGCAGCUUUUAGGGAUGCAACUGGAAGUGCUAAUUUGCCAACAAUUUUUAUAGAUGGUCAAGUUUGGGGAACUGAACGUGAAUUACACCAACAUGAAGAAGCUGGUAGCCUAGAAUCCGAAUUGAAAAGAAUUGAAUUGUGCUAA